AUGCCUUUCCGCAGACCCGGCAUGGCAGCGACGACGAGAGGAGGAGACGAUAAUGUCGACACAAUCGCCCCUCAUCCUCCUUCUUCGUUACCGGUGAAUCGGAAGCGCGCGUCGUCCAACCAAGACGAUCAGAUGAUGACGAUGAACAACGGAGGCGACGACAACAACGCGCGGACGCACCACCACAACUCGAACAACAACACCAUCAACAGUACUACGACGAAUAAUUACCCGACGAACUAUAACAACCACUACGGCGGGGAGAGUGGUAAGAAACCGAAGCACUCCAACUUGUACGUGUGGUCUAUUCCUCGAGACAUGGACGAGCGGCAGUUAUCGACUUUGUUCCAAAAAUUCGGCACCGUGGAGUCGUGCACGAUAAUGCGAGACGUGCAAACGAAACAAUCGAAAGGGUACGGAUUCGUGAAGUACGUGAAGUUCGAGGACGCGGUGAACGCGAAGGAGAAGUUACACGGGAAAUUCGUGAAAGAUAAGCAGUUGCAGAUUAAAUUCGCGAGCACGGAUUCGAACGGGUUGAUGGGGGUACACGGCGGGAUGAUUGGCGCGACGGGCGUAGACGUGGCGUCGAUUCCCACGGAUAACGUGUACGUGAAAGGAUUACCUUUGGAUAUCGACGAAGGGAUUUUGCGCGAGAAGUUUGGCGCGUUUGGGAAGAUUGUGAGUUGUCGCGUGAUUGCGACGACGGCGUUGAUACGAUUUGAGACGGUUGGGGAAGCAGAGGUGGCAGUGAGAGAGGCAAACGGGAAGAUGAUAGUGAGCGAAAUCGGUGGUGCGAUGCCAGUGUCGGUGUCGUUCAACGCGAAGCAGCAGAUUAUGGCCAGUUUACCGACACAUUCAAAUUUGUACGUGUGGAAUAUUCCGAGAGAUAUGGAGGAAGGGUCGUUGAAACACUUGUUCGAGGAGUGCGGGGAAGUGGAGAGCGUGAAUAUUAUGCGGGAUAAAAUGUCACAAGUCUCGAAAGGAUACGGAUUCGUUAAGUUCAUAAGGUACGAGGAGGCGGAGAAAGCGAUUGAGAAAGUCAGCGGAAGAGUUUUAAGAGAAGAUUUGGCGCACAGGCCGUUACAGGUGAAGUUUGCGAAUACGGAUAGUUCCGGGGUUGCUGGUAGUAGUGGGCGAGGUGGUGGCGAGGCGGGCGGUGGUGGUGGUGGCGUCGGCGGUUCUGCGAUGACCAAUCCACCGUCGGAGAACAUUUACAUCAAAGGGUUGCCCACAGAUAGUAAUGAGAAUGAUUUAGUGAACGCGUUUGCGCAGUUUGGGCGCAUCAUAUCGUGCACGCGCAUCGCGACGACUGGAAUUAUUGGGUUCCAAUCGGUCGAAGAGGCAUCGAGAGCGGUGCAAGGGGCGAAUGGAACAACCUUGUUAGGCGGUUCAGUGCCUCUCAUGGUGACGUUCAAGAGUCAAAUUUGUCGCGCGUUCGCGCAAACUGGACGGUGUUCGUGGGGACAUAGGUGUAAAUUUGGUCAUAACAGAGGAUAUUAA